GGACCGUCGAAACCGAGGUGGUGAAUCGACGGCCACUGCGUCCCCAACCGCAGCAAGUGGAGGAGCCUCAGCAUCCAGGCCAGGCUUCUAGAUCCGGUGCCCUAAAACAAGCCCCAUCGGGACCGUCGAGGAAAGAAUCGGACGACGGAGGGCGGGCCGCGGGCGAAGGGGGGGAAGCUAGAACAGUGGCUCUAUGCCGCCAGCGAAGUAUCUUGAGGAGAGGACCGCUGCAACCUCUAUUCCCCUCCCUCGCUACUUCUCUUCCUCCCUCUCUGUCUCGCCUCUGCUGCUGUGUUCAGGCGUAGGGAAGGAAAGGAGAGAGAGACCCACUCUCUUUCGGUUCGGUUUGGGCCUGUGGUUGCUGCUCAUUGCCUGGUCGUCUUUGCUAGCCACACGCCCUUUUCAAUCAUGUCUGACGACGAGCACCAAUUCGAGUCCAAGGCCGACGCCGGAGCGUCCAAGACUUACCCCCAGCAGGCCGGAACCAUACGCAAGGGCGCGCACCUUGUCAUCAAGCAGAGGCCCUGCAAGGUUGUCGAAGUGUCUACUUCGAAGACUGGGAAGCACGGUCACGCCAAGUGCCACUUCGUCGCAAUCGAUAUCUUCACUGGGAAGAAGCUCGAGGAUAUUGUUCCGUCUUCUCACAAUUGUGAUGUUCCUCAUGUAUCUCGUUCUGAUUACCAGCUCAUUGACAUCUCUGAGGAUGGAUUCGUGAGUCUUCUCACUGAAAAUGGUGUCACCAAAGACGAUCUGCGCCUGCCCACCGACGAGGGCCUCCUGACGCAGAUAAGGGAUGGAUUUGCCGAAGGCAAGGAUCUUGUAGUGACUGUUAUGUCUGCUAUGGGAGAGGAGCAGAUUGCGGCUCUGAAGGAUAUCGGCGGCAGGAACAACUAAACUCUAUUAUCACAAAUCCAGCGUAGAGAGGGAAAAUGUCACAGUUUAAUGAUGUUUUCAUAUUUGGCACUGUGGCCCACGAUGUGUUAUGUCAUAGCUGAUAAUAUUAGCGGGGAGCUUUGUGGACAAUGCUUCAGUGUGCGACUCUAAAUGUUCAUUUUCUGCCUCGAUGGGAAGGGAAUGGAAGGGCUUAUAGAGUGUACAAGCAGUUCUCGUGAGAGGUGACAAGACUCGUGGUGUCGACAAUAACCUGAAUGGAAUUGCUGGGUAAAAAAUAGAGCCCUAUAUGACGCGUUUACUGUUGGUUUUUUGGAACUAUGGAUUUAUAAAGUAUGCGGAAUGUCCCAGUGGAUUUUGUUUAUCUGAA